AUGAGCACGGCGGUGGAUGCUUCAGUGGCUGUUACCGAGCAGGAGGAUGUUAUGGAGAACAUCUUGGGUGGCAAGAAAGUUGCAGUUGUAUUUGUUCUAGGUGGUCCUGGAAGUGGGAAAGGAACACAAUGUAGCAAUAUUGUGGAGCAUUUUGGGUUUACACAUCUUAGCGCAGGAGAACUGUUACGCACAGAAAUCAAGUCUGGUUCUGAGAAUGGAGCCAUGAUUGACAACAUAAUAAAUGAAGGAAAAAUUGUUCCAUCCGAGAUAACCAUAAAGCUUUUGCAAGAAGCUAUGAUAAAAAGUGAAAAUGACAAGUUUCUCAUUGAUGGAUUUCCAAGGAAUGAAGAAAACCGUGCUGCAUUUGAGAAUAUCAAAAUAUCACCCGAGUUUGUGUUAUUCUUUGACUGUUCGGAGGAAGAAAUGGGAAGGCGUCUUCUGGGCCGUAAUCAGGGAAGAGCUGAUGACAACAUUGAGACUAUCAGGAAAAGAUUCGGCGUUUUUGUCGAAUCCAGUUUGCCUGUAAUUCAGUAUUAUGACUCAAAGGGCAUGGUUAAGAAGAUUAAUGCUGCAAAACCAAUCGCUGAGGUGUUUGAAGAUGUCAAAACCGUUUUUCAGCCGUAUGGCCCAAAGGCCACACAGAUGCCCUCGCGCGAAUAAAUGAUGAAAGUUCAGGUAAACGGUGUCCCUGAAAGUAUUGGAGCUCAUGGCAAGUUACCCUGCCAGCAUGCCCACCAGAUAAUUCAUCCAUCAUCUGAUUAUAAGUAGAGCUGAUCCUUGUUAGUAAGUACUAAUAGAGACGAACUGGAGCACAUAUCAGUUUACCUGUGUGCCCAUCUAUUUUAAGGAAAGAAAAACAGGCCAGGAACCAUUCAGCCGCUUCA